CGGCGGCACAGGCGGCGGCGGCGGCGGCGGCCCGGUGGGCGCACGCCAGGCCGGCAGCCAUGGCGGCGGAGCGGGGCCGCCUCAGCUUCCCGGGCGGUGCCGGGGCCUUGGGGCGGCCCGUGCCUAUGAACCUCUUCGCCACCUGGGAAAUCGACGGCUCCAGCCCCAGCUGCGUGCCCAGGUUGUGCAGCUUGACACUAAAGAAACUGGUAGUCUUAAAGGAAUUGGAUAAGGAGCUUAUUUCUGUGGUCAUUGCUGUCAAAAUGCAGGGCUCCAAGCGCAUCCUGAGGUCUCAUGAGAUUGUGUUGCCCCCGAGUGGACAUGUGGAGACGGAGCUUGCACUGACCUUCUCGCUGCAGUACCCUCACUUCUUGAAGAGAGAAGGCAACAAGCUUCAGAUCAUGCUGCAGCGGCGGAAGCGGUACAAAAACCGAACCAUUUUAGGCUACAAGACUCUGGCUGUGGGGUCUAUCAACAUGGCUGAGGUCAUGCAGCACCCCACAGAAGGUGGCCAGGUACUGAGCCUUUUCAGCAACAUCAAAGAAGCUGCAGUAAAGGUAGCAGAAAUCUGGAUCUUCUCCUUGUCAAGUCAACCAAUUGACCAUGAAGACAGCACUAUGCAGGCCAGCCAGAAAAUCAAGUCUACGGACAACUAUUCCGAGGAAGAGUAUGAGAGCUUCUCUUCUGAGCAGGAGGCCAGUGAUGAUGCUGUGCAGGGCCAGGAUUUGGAUGAUGAUGAGUACGAGCUGGGGAAGCCCAAGAAGCAGCGGAGAUCGAUAGUAAGAACGACGUCCAUAACCAGGCAACAAAACUUCAAGCAGAAGGUUGUGGCAUUGCUGAAGAGAUUUAAAGUGUCUGAUGAGGUUCUGGAUUCAGAGCAGGACCCUGCAGAGCAUGUUCCAGAGGUGGAGGAGGACUUGGACCUUCUGUACGACACGCUGGAUAUAGAGAACCCUAGUGACAGUGGGCCAGAAAUGGAAGAUGAUGACAGUGUCUUGAGCACUCCAAAGCCAAAGUUAAAACCUUAUUUUGAAGGACUGUCACACUCCAGCUCUCAGACAGAAAUUGGUAGCAUCCACAGCAUCAGGAGCCAGAGAGAGCCAUCAAGUCCUCAGGUAGAAGUGCCUGAAAAGACAAAGAGUCUGGGAACCAAACACACAGACGACAGUAUUUCUGACACUGUCUCUUUUGAGUCUAACCAGCAAGCUGAGGUCCAAGAAGCAGAACUUCCCGCACCAGAUGUGUUUGUUGAGAAGCUCCCGCCCAGUGGGAAGAUCACCAAGACGGAGUCCCUCAUUAUCCCAUCCACCAGCAGGUCUGAAGGGAAGCAAACUGGACGUCGGGGAAGAAGCACAUCUCUGAAGGAGAGGCAGCCAGUGAGGCCACAGAAUGAGAGAGCAAACAGCCUGGACAAUGAACGAUCUCCAGACACCCGGCACCACUUACAGAUCCCCAGGAAAACUGUGUAUGACCAACUAAAUCACAUCCUGGUUUCUGAUGACCAGCUGCCAGAAAACAUUAUUCUUGUCAAUACUUCAGAUUGGCAAGGACAGUACCUGUCAGAUGUAUUACAAAAGCAUACCUUGCCAGUGGUCUGCACGUGUUCCUCAGCUGAUAUUCAAGCAGCUUUCAGCACUAUUGUCUCCAGGAUACAGCGAUACUGUAACUGCAAUUCUCAGCCUCCAAGCCCAAUUAAAAUUGCUGUGGCCGGAGCCCAGAAUUACCUCAGUGCUGUAUUGAGGCUCUUUGUAGAACAGCUGUCUCACAAAACCCCAGACUGGCUUGGCUACAUGCGAUUUUUGAUCAUCCCUCUAGGCUCUCAUCCAGUGGCCAAGUAUCUGGGGUCUGUAGAUUAUAGAUACAACAACUUCUUCCAAGAUGUAGCCUGGAGAGAUCUGUUCAACAAACUUGAAGCACAGACCACUGUUACAGAAACGCCUGAUGUUGUCUCCCGAAUAACGCAGUACAUAGCAGGGGCAAACUGCGCACACCAGUUGCCCAUUGCUGAAGCGAUGCUGACGUACAAGCAGAAAAGCCCUGAUGAGGAAUCUUCGCAGAAGUUCAUUCCCUUCGUUGGGGUGGUGAAGGUUGGAAUCGUGGAACAAUCUUCUGCGACGUCAGGUGACUCUGACGACGCAGCUCCCUCAAGCUCCAGUGUCCUUUCUUCUACCCCACCUUCUGUAUCUCCUGCUGUGAAAGAAGCCUCCCCCACACCACCUUCCUCACCAUCUGUUACAGGCAGCUUCUCAUCUUCAAGCCAGGGCCUUGGUGCUGAGCUGAUGGGCCUGCAGGUGGAUUACUGGAUUGCAGCUCCACCCAUGGACAGAAAGAGAGACCCGGAGAAGAAGGACCCUUCCACUACCAAAAACACACUGAAAUGCACUUUCCGGUCCCUCCAGGUCAGCAGGUUACCUGCCAGCGGGGAGAUUGCCACCACUCCCACCAUGUCCAUGACCGUCGUGACAAAAGAGAAGAACAAGAAAGUGAUGUUUUUACCCAAGAAAACAAAAGACAAAGAGGUUGAGUCGAAGAGCCAGUGCAUUGAAGGAAUCAGCAGGUUGAUUUGCACAGCGAAACAUCAGCAGAACAUGCUGCGGGUCCUGAUCGACGGAGUGGAGUGGAAUGACGUGAAAUUCUUUCAGCUGGCAGCACAGUGGUCCUCUCAUGUCAAGCACUUUCCCAUCUGCAUAUUUGGACACUCCAAAUCUAACUUCUAGCCGCGCUCGGAGGGACCUCUGUCCAUCCCAGGGACUGCACACCAGGAGCCAGGAACUGCGUGCCAACUCCGACUCGCAUCACUCUGCCCUCUCCUGCAGAAUUAAUUACAGAUGUGCUUGGAUUACUUUUGAAUUACUUUUUUUCUAUUAACUCUUGAGUUUACUACAAGGGAAGGAAACUCCUUUAAACAAAGGCAAAAAAAACCAACAACAGUCUUAAAUAUAGAUGUGCUGUCAACAAAGCUGUGGGGGAUUUGGCAGGAGCAGGCAACCUGCCCAAACACCUCCCACUUCUGAGCAGAUAGCUGAAUAACUGCACUGCUUAUUAACCUGAGACCUCAUUGGUGUGUGUGGGCUGGGGGGGCCACGGAUUUUGCAGAAGAUCGUGCAUGUUACAAUGCAUUUCGACCCCUCCCUCUGUAUUUCUAGGAAAACUGAUGGCCAGUCUUUCUUCCUGCUGCCAAGGGAUGAGAGAGCAGCGAGUCUGCAGGGAGUCUAGCUGUCCGGUUUGAAAACCAAACCGGUGGUUUGCAGAGCUAGGGAGGUGCAGAGGAGCUUGCCCUGCAGUGCGCGGGGUCUGCCCUGGGGCUGGGCAGGAGCAGGAACUGGGGAAAGAUGAGGUGUAAGGAACCUCUGGUGUCCCUGGUCAGUGACAGUGACCAAACUGAGCCAGUCACCGUGUCCCUGCAGUGCUGCCGAGGGACACCGCGUCAGUGGGGUCGCUGCUAUUUACAUACUCACACCGAUUAUUUACCUGUCAAUAAAAUCUCGUCCAGCCUCGAAGGGGAAAGGAUUUUUUUUAAUAGCUGCAAAUUUUUUUUAAUGCUUUCUUAAAAAAUAAAAAAGACAAAUAAAUAAAAAACAAGAGGGGAAAAAAAAGCUUAAGUUGCCAAAAAAAAAAUAAUAACAACAAACCACCAAACCCAGGAAGAUGAGCCGUUGCCUGUGAAGUGAUCCAUCAGUGUAGCAGCUGGAGCCGCAGCCAGCCAGGCGCUCUGCAAGACCAGCUGCCUGCCAUCCCUCUGUCACACUGCACAUGUGAGGUAGCGUGGGCUGCUUCGUCUGCUCUGCCUUUGUCCUGCCUGGACUGUGCUGAUGCACCUGGGUGUGCUGCCAUCGAGCCCAGCUGAGUCACACAGGACCUCUCCUCGUGGGACCGUGAGACUGUAACAGAACUGCUGGGGACAGGUGACCACCUGUAGGCUGGAGGAAGUUGUUCUCACUGUGUCUGCUUUUGGAGUAUUCCAUGCUCAGGCAUUCAUUUCUCUAUAGGAUGCAUCCUGUCCCCAGCAGGGCAUUGCUGCGGGCUUUGCUGUGUGAUGCAGACCUGUGUUGCAGUGGAGGCUACAGGUGGAACAGAGCAGUGGAUGAAGCUGGGUGGGUUCUUCUUCCCUGCUGGGUAGCAGGGUGUCCUGUGCCUGGGCUCUGUUUGGCCUGGCUUUUGCUUGUUUGGCACACCUCGCUGCUGCCAGGAUGAGGAGAUGCUCUCACAAGGAGUUCAGCAUGGAGCAGGUUGGGGCUUGAGGAACAGGAUGUGCCUGCUGUGUGGAAGAGCUGACAUCUCUGGCCUUCAGGGUAAGGGACUGAAGCUUUGGGGGGGUCCUCUUGGCUCCCACCCCUGUGGGCAGGCACUGCAAGCAUUUUCAGAAUGUGCUGUUGUGGACAGUGUGAUGCUUUUGAACCUUUCCCAGCAUCGGCUACUCAGUAGUUGUAUUUUUCUCUGAGAGGUUUGGAGAACCUGUGUUGUCCUGCUGGGAUGGGUCCUGCUCUGCCCUUGUGGUGCGAGCAGGGGGCUGGCGGUGGGCUCCAUUGGGCUGAUGGGGAGCGAGGUGAGAGUGCAGUCCCUGCUACAGCUCAGGGCCAGAGCUGCUCUACUGGCUUUGAUUUCAUGAAAUCCUUUCCCAGCGCAAGUGCGCUGUGCUUGGCCAGUGACCGGAGGGGAGGAGGACGCUGUGCAGGCUGUGUGCAUGCUACUGCUGCCCCUUCCCACAUUGCUGCCUCCCAGCAUACAGCUGGGGCAGGGCUCAGCUCGGGCUCGCAUCACCAUGUCCAUCUACUCCUGUGGUUUUGGUUGACCUGAGCUGAUGCUGUAGGACUGCGUAGCGUUGCCUAGCAGCAGCAGCGUGGGAGGUGGUUUAUAAGCACAUCCCUUUUUUUUUUUUUUCUUUUUUUAAAUUUUAUUGAGGCUGUUGAAUUGAAAAACCUGUUUAAAGGGAAAAUAGUCAGUCUGCGAUUUCUUCCUUGAGGCUCCCGCUGCUGUGGCAGGAGCUGUGCGUUGGGCUCCAGCUCUGGGCACCGCACACAGCCUGGGCGGCUCUGCAGCAGGGAUGGGACGGGCAGACCCACUGCAAUAACUGCGCUGCGGAGCGGGGGAACAGCACUGUGCUCCUCAGUGUGUUUCAACCUACUGUAAAGAAAGGGGUGGUAGCUAGCGCAGGAUUGCUGGGGUCCUGCCUGUCACAUGGACGUUGCCAUGCUCUACUGUGUGUGUGUGUGUGUGUACGUGUGAGAGAAGCACUUGUGCUCGUUGCGUUUCAUGUUGGUUUGUGUUUUGCUGUAACUUUGUACACCCAAAUUCACCGGAUAACACCGGAGGGAGAUGGUAACGCUGCUGGGAGAAGGGCUCCCACCUCGCUUCGAGGUGAGGUCUCCGGAGAGGGCUGGUUGCUGCACUGACCUAGUUUUAUGGUGCUGGUGAGCAGACGAGAGAUGGAAGGUUUUGUGGCAUCGUGUUGCACCUUGUGCUUGCUGGUCCGCUGGUUUGGGUUUCUGGAGACAAAGGCUCGUCCCCAGCCCUGGGGAUGGUCACCUGCUGCCUGUCCUGCUGCACCUGCGGGGUCUUAGGUGGCUUUUCAGCUCCGCACCGCAGCUGCCAUCCACUGGAGUUGUUACCGCUUCCAUCUCAGCAGUAGCUGGAGUCCUUCUUAAUUACACAUGAGCUUGGGGACAGCCACCAUCUCCUUGGCUGGGUUUUGCUGCAUUACUGGUACGUGCCUGUGGCUUAAUCCAGCACAGGUGGAGGUUUGCUGCGGCUGGAGGAGAUGCACUGUCAGCGUGCAGUCAUCGUCUGGCCGACACCCGCUGGCCUAUGCUUACCUGGUACUGCAGCAAAGGCCCUGUCUGUUUCCUCAGUGGCAGUGGGAAGUAGCUCACCCAGGAAGGCUCCACCUGGUCCUUUCUCACCAGCAACAGGCGCUGGAGGGAGCAGCGCAGAGCCAGGACCUGGGGCACUGUGCAUUGUGGCUCAAAGCAUUGCCUGCCCGGCUGCAUGCCAUGACGGUGGGGAAGCCCUGGGAAGCACUGUGCUAGCAGGGGUACUGCGUGCUGUGCUGUGCUGUGAGCCCUGUCUGGACCGCAGCAUGCGAGGGGACGUUACCACUUUGUAGAUUCCUGAGUUGUCCAUCUGUUUCAUUGUUGUAUUGUUUGGGUUCUCAGUUGUUUUUUUUUUUUUUUUUUUAAUGAAGACAGAUUAAAUGUAAAUAGCUUUUUUUUUUUUUUCUUUUUGGAACAAACUGCAACGUGCUCGACCUCGUCAACUAUUUUAUGGUACUAAUGCAACACUAAUAAAACUGGACAUGAAAGCACA